AUGCCAUGCCACAUCCGCUCCAAGGGCAUGGCAGAUGCCAGUCGGAGGGGGCAUGCUUUUGCCAGGCGGCCACAAGCACGGGGAAGCCGCCAGGCUCUUCCCCAGGCCCAUUCGCUCUUCCGGGCCAGCGAGGAUCCUAAUCUAGAGACGGCCUUGCAAGCCAAGAUACCGAGGCCCUCAUCCCAACGACUAGGAGGAGGCAAAGAGGCUGCAGGAACGUCUUGCGGACGGGACUCCGUCGGGGUGAAGCGGGGGGGCUCUUCUCGUGGGAGGCUUCUGUUGGGAAUGGACGGGGGUCUUGCAAGAUGCUCAUCCAGGAUUUGUAAACUGGGAGCAUCUGGAGUCUACAUGCAGGUCAGGUCCUAUGAAGAUCUGGGAGAUCCCUUGGCCCCAUUUGGAGCUGUGCUGGAGAACAGGCAGAAAAUGGAGGAACCGUGCCCAGCUGCACAAGGGAGAUGUAUGGAAACCUGGGCAGGAACUGGGCAGAAGGCCCUGGAGGAGGAGACCAUCAGUUCAGAGGUCCAGCGCAGGCUGUUCAGGAGCACCCAUUACCAAGAGGCCAGGGGCCCCCGAGCGAUGUGCAGCCACCUAUACCACCGUUGCCGUCGGUGGCUCCAGCCAGAAAGACACACGAAAGCUCAGAUGCUGGAUUUGGUGGUCCUGGAGCAACUCUUGGCUAUCCUGCCUGUGGAGCUGGCAUGCUGGGUACGGGAGUGUGGCGCAGAGAGCAGCGUGCAGGCCCUGGCCCUGGCCGAAGGCUGCCUACUGAGCCAGGCAGACGAGAGCCAGGAAGGGCUUCAGGGGCAGCGACUCUUCCAGGAGACCAUCCCCAAGCAUCCCGAAGGAAGGAGAGGUCCGUCAGAUGCCUCCCAGGAGCUGCUUUUCAGGGGGAUCCCCCAGGAAGACCCAAGUCUGGACACCUCAGGAGGUUCAUCUCCCUUUUCUGGUGGAGCUGAAAGAGGGGAAGAAAUUCCGGACCAGGUAGGAGUAGCAUCAGAGAAGAUGCAGAGGAACAUUUGCAGGCCUCCCGUUUUGUUCUGGGGUUCAGCGUAUCACAUUGCUGUUCCUAAACAGUGUGGAGUGGAGCAGUUUGGAUCAAUCUGGCUCAGUGCCAGCCGAGCAGAUUUCCUCCCUGCCUUCCCUUUCGUAGCUCUCAUCCAGCCCGAGGCUCCCCGGGGAACCCACCAAGAAGCAGAAAUGGGGCUGCGUGACACCUGCCCAUCGAUGGCACCCCCCGCAAAGCCCUGGAGGAGCUCCCUGACGUUUUUAGGAAGGAAACAUCUCAGGCCAUUGGGUAAAUAGUCAGAAAGGACCCUGCAACUUUCAGGAGGAAUCGGAGCCACUUAAAGGGGGCGUCUGCCAGUUGAUCCAGGACAAUACUGUGGUAGCUUUCACUAAACUGCUCUGGAAUUCUUGCGGAAUCAGUAAAAUUGAUAAGAUUUCCUCCCAAUGUCUCUGCUGGACAAAGAUAACGAUGAGCUCUGAUAAUUUCCUCGCGUAAAAUAUUAGUUCCUGCAGAAGAUUUAAUCAAAUGCAAAUCUCUGCUUUGGGGAUUUGUGCACCAAGAGAGAGAACUUGAAACUCUUCCAGUCUGCUAAGGGGGAAACCUUUUUUUUCCUUUUCCAGAGCCUCGUGUCCUUCGAGGAGGUGGCUGUGUUUUUCUCCGAGGAGGAGUGGGCUCAGCUGAAUGCUGACCAAAAAACCCUCCACGGAGAAGCAAUGCUGGAAAACUGUAGGGAAGUGGCCUCUCUAGGUGAGAGACUUGGAGAAGGCACUCUGAGGGCAGAUGUAACAAGUUGUUUCUCAUAAAAAAUCUCAGACUGGGCCUUGUCUUCUGACUGGAAGAUGGAGAAGAUCUGAUUUUUUGCUCGAGGAUGGAAGGAAGUUGGGAGCAACCUGCUUAGCUGUGUCACUGGCUCUUUCUCGUCUGACAGCCGAGGGGGGCCGGCCUCCCUAAGCCGUAAGCCAAGGGGGUUCCCUUCAGCACAGCCACCGACGGGCCAAUCCUUUGGCUGCAGGGGAUGACGGCUCCCGUCUGCACCAUCCUGACCCCUGGGCUGGAUGUGGCCUUUUUGCCUUACAAAGCAUCGGCGUUUUCUCAGACCAGCUCUAAUCUCACCCUCCUCCUCUUUCUUUGGUGCUUUCCCUCUGUAAUCUGUAAUUGUCAGCCUGGGCCAAGUGCAAACCUGUGAUUCUGAUCAACUCUGGAGGGCUUUUUCUCUCCAAAGGAAUUGGCUGCCUCUUUGCUCAGUUGUCCCCCUGGGGACCCCUAGAAUACGUUUUGAAAGUGUUUCUUCUCUGACUGCUCGCUAUUGUCACCCACAUUCUUGCUGAGUUUUGAAAGACGUAAGGCGAAUUAAUUAAUUGAGAAAAAAUCAUAUCCGUAUUACAGUGUGCUGUUUUGCUUAAGAAAUAUGGAUUUUUUUCAGUGUUUCUACUCCUCAUAAAAUAUAACUCUCCAUUUCUAUACCAUGCAACUUUAUACAUAUGAACUUGGUAAUAACCUGCAUGAGAAAUCCAAAUUUGGUAAGCCUUCAAUCAGGUUUAUUAUUAUUUUAUGUUGGUCAACAGAACAACAUUUCAAGAACUGCAGUCUUUGGCAGAAUUUCAGCAGGAAACUCACAAUCACAUCCCCUAUUUUGAUGUUUUAUUUCCUUCUCUUAACUUAAAC